AUGCCUGGGCUGAGGGGGGCGCUGUGCCAACAAAACCUCAUAACACUGAAACAGCUGAUAGCUUCAGCAGGGCCAGCACUUGCAGAUGCCCGAGCGGUGGCCUCAUCAUUGGGUGUACACUCCGUCCGGCUGGUCCAGAGGAGCCUGGACAUGUGGAUGAAAAAGCUCUCAGCCAAAGAGAAGAACCUCCUUCAACAGUACAGUGAUGGCAGGGCUGAGCCAGACCCCAACGAGGAUUUUCCAGAGAUACACCUGACCCCUGACCUUGCCGGACUAAGUGGCCCCCUCCUGAAGGACUACACCAAGGAAAAGCCUACCUGCUGUGGAAGUCUGAAGUACGUCGGAAAGCUAAACGCCGUCAUAUCUGGGUAUCUGGGCACCCUCCAGAGGCGGACACAGCUCGGUGAGUUUCACCACCUCCUCCAGGAACCCCGUCUGGAUGACGGCCACUUCCAGCGCUACUUCAGGCUGACUGGAGCCCAGUUUGAGGAGCUGUUAGCUCGGGUCGGUGCCAGGAUCUCCUGGCUGGGCACCAACUACAGGCGCUCCAUCUCAGCUGCGGAGCGCCUGUCGAUCUGUCUCCGAUACCUAGCCACUGGUGACUCCUUUAGGACCAUAGCCAACAGCUUCCAUGUUGGGAUCUCCACCGUCUCUACCAUCAUCCCUGACGUUGUUGCCGCUAUUUGGGACUGCCUCAUAGAGGAAUUCAUGGCUGUGCCCACCACAGAGGAGUGGCUGUCAAUUUCAGGGAGGUUUGAGGAGAGGUGGAAUUUUCCUCUCUGCUGUGGAGCGCUGGAUGGGAAACAUGUGGUCCCGAAAGCCCCAGCAAAUUCAGGAUCACAGUUCUACAACUACAAGGGAACUUUCUCCUUAGUUCUCUUGGCAGUUGUGGACGCCCAGUACUGCUUUCGGGUGAUCGAUGUCGGGGGCUACGGGAAAACAAGUGAUGGAGGUAUCCUGGCCAACUCUGCCUUUGGUCAAGCUCUCCGAUCUGGCACCCUCCCACUACCUGCUGACCGGCCACUACCUGGAGCUGACCACAGAGGGCCCCAGCCACAUGUUUUUGUGGCUGAUGAGGCCUUUCCCCUCCGGAGAAACCUGAUGCGGCCAUUCCCUGGACGCAUCCUCCCCAGAGAGCGUCGGGUUUUCAACUACGUCUGUUCCGGGCCAGGCUGGUGGUUGAAAAUGCCUUCGGGAUCCUUGCUUCUCAGUGGAGGAUGUACCGGCGUGCCAUCGAGGUCAGUCCAGUCCUGA